UUUGCCUUAUAAAAUAAUUAAGAAUAUAACCCAAGAUUCGGCUGUACGGCUUAGUUAGUUCCUUCGCCUGUCCCAUGGACGAAACUACUACCACUAACUACUAAAAUAAUUUAUUUAAUUUCAAUUAAUUCAAAAUUGUGUAAUGGCUCGUAAAUUAUCAGAAGCAGCACGUAAAUCUUUACUUUUAGGCCAGUGUAUACCGACUGUUAAACAAAAUGCUGUUAAAAUAAGAGUGAAGAGGUUAGAAUUGGAUGAAAAUUUGCUAAUGUACUUCAAGAAAGACGAGUUUUAUUACUGUCAUGAUCCUGAUAAAAAAUGCCAAACUGGUGACAUAGUGCUGAUAGAGAGUUUGCCACAAAAACUUACCAAGCUUAUUACUCAUCAAAUUAAAGAAGUGGUAUAUCCAUUUGGUGAUAUCACUGAUCCAGUAACAGGAAAGAAAGUAGCCAAAGAAAGAUAUAGAGAAGAUAUUGAAAAAGAAGCUGAGAUCUAUGGGAAGUUAGAUUCAACCUUCGAUUAUAGCAAGGCUCCACCGAGAGGUUGGCAAGAGGGGAAGAAAGACUUUACGUCGAAACCUACUUACACAAAGUACCAUGUAUUUGAUAAAAAUGAUCCAUAUGCAAUUUAAUGCAGCUUUAGUUAUGUAAUUUUAGUGUGUAAAAUUAAAUAUAGUCACAGCUUAUUUAAAACAUGUAUUUUAUUUAGUGCAUUCACUUUAGAAUUGGGAUUUCGUA